AUGGAUGAAUCUGCAUUGACAACGGUACAAAAGCCAUCAAAGAUAUUUGCUCAAAAGGGCAAAAAACAAGUAGGUGUGUUAACAAGUGCUGAACGUGGACAGUAUGUUACAGUGGUUUGUUGUAUAGGUUCAUCUGGUCAAUGUGUACCCCCUGCUCUCAUUUUCCCCAGAAAAACAUUUAACGCUAAUUUGUACGAUGGAGCACCUCCUGGUACUUUCAAAAUGUAUCAGGACACCGGUUAUAUGACUGGGGAAUUAUUUAUUGAAUGGAUGAACCAUUUUAUAAGGAAUGUUAAUUCUAGUAUUGAAGAAAAAGUGUUAUUACUUCUAGAUGGCCAUUCAAGUCACAAAACAGUAGAAGCGCUUGAACUUGCCAAAAAGUCAGGUGCUGUUUACUUUGUCUACCUCCUCAUUGCACACACCGACUUCAACCUUUGGAUGUUGGCUAAUAUAGGCAGAACAGUUGGACUCUAUCAAAUAUCUAACAUUUUUGGUCGUGCUUAUGUAAAAACAGUUACAAUGAAGAAUAUGUUGUCAUCAUUUCAAGCCUGUGGUUUAAAUCCUUACAACCCAGAUAUCUUUCCAGAUCAUUUAUUUGCUCCAAACAUAGAUACGAAUUUCCAGACUUCAUCAUCAUUACUUUCACCGAUGCCUAGUUGUUUUAACACAGAAACAAACCUAAAUACUGAAAAUAUUUCUCAAAUAAUACGAACAAUUUCACCUUUGCCUAGCUGUUCCUUUACUGGCCCCAGAAAAUCAAAUAAAAAUAGAUCUACAGGAACUCAAGUGCUUACAAAAAGCCCACUCAUAAAACAAUUAAAAGAAAAACAAAAUGAGAAGAAAGCUAAAGAAUUAAAAAAGUCUAUGAAAAUCAAAUCUAAAAACACUCAUGCAGUUAUCAAGAAUCCACCUAUUAAGAAUACAAAAAAGAAACAAGAAGAAAAAGUAAUUAGAAAAUCAAAAAGACCAGUAAACCGCAAAUUAUUUUUAGAUCUUCCAACUGAAAAGGGUGACGGUGUUCAAAGUGAAAGUGAUGAUGAUAAUGAUGAAGAAGAAGUUGCUUGUCUUUAUUGUAAUGAUUUAUACAAACCAAAUCUAAUGAGACAUGAAUACGUUGUAAUUUCUGUAAAAAAUGGGCGCACACAGCCUGUGCAGGUAUUGGUUUUGGAGUAA